CGCCGCAUACGAGGCUCUUUGUCCCAGAAGCCCAUUGUAUAGAGCGGAGGAAACCCUGUGCCGUGAGCAGCCAUCUUGGAUAGACAGAUCAUACUUGAGCCAGGAUAACCUGCAUACCUCCUGUGAACAGCUCAAAGCGCAAAAGACUUAAUAUCUGAGCCACAAUGGCCACCGCACCGUACAACUACUCCUACAUUUUCAAAUACAUCAUUAUCGGGGACAUGGGGGUAGGGAAGUCAUGUUUGCUUCACCAGUUCACAGAAAAGAAAUUCAUGGCUGACUGCCCUCAUACUAUUGGCGUGGAGUUUGGUACGAGGAUAAUCGAAGUAAGUGGGCAGAAGAUCAAGCUCCAGAUCUGGGACACAGCAGGACAAGAGCGCUUCAGGGCCGUCACCCGCUCCUACUACCGCGGGGCCGCAGGGGCGCUUAUGGUCUACGACAUCACCAGGAGAAGCACGUACAACCAUCUCAGCAGCUGGCUGACUGAUGCCAGAAACCUCACCAACCCCAAUACUGUGAUCAUUCUCAUAGGAAAUAAAGCCGACUUGGAGGCCCAGAGGGAUGUUACGUAUGAGGAAGCGAAGCAGUUUGCCGAGGAGAACGGUUUGUUGUUCUUGGAAGCCAGCGCAAAAACAGGUGAAAACGUUGAGGACGCCUUCCUGGAAGCUGCUAAGAAGAUCUACCAGAAUAUCCAAGAUGGCAGCCUGGACCUGAAUGCUGCCGAGUCGGGGGUUCAGCACAAGCCCUCGGCCCCUCAGGGCGGCCGGAUAACAAACGAACCACAGCCCCAGAGGGAAGGCUGCGGCUGCUAAUGACCAAGCAAAAAGCCCCUUUGCCCCAUUUCUCCCACUGUCUGUCUGUCCCACCCCCCACCCCCUUUCCUGUCCUGCCAAUCCCCUCCAUUCCAUCCACCACCUCCGUGCAUUCACACCCCAUCCCACUGCACCAGGUGCUGCGUGAGAGCAGGGCUGCGGAGGGAAGGAACAGAGGGGGGUGAAUAUCGACUUGGGCCAGGCUGAGCUGGGCUUUGUGGACUACAUCUCCCCCUUCUCCUCCUCCUCUUCCUCCUCCUCUUUAGUCUCGAUCAGUGUAUUGUCAUCCGAUAACUCUUCUUCUUCCACCCCCCCACAAACCUCUCACACCAUUCAGCCUAGUUCCCUCCAUCAUAGUAUCAUAGAAUCCACCACACAUUACACAGGUCACUGACACUUUAGAUAGAUGUAAUGUUCAUACGAUAAUGAUAAAGCAAGACUGUUUUUUUUAUGUUGGAUUUUAUAGCUAUAUGCGAAAUGUAAACACUGCGUUAAGUUUCAUCCACCACCAAUCAGUUGGAACUAAAUUAUAUUCCCAGAGUCCGCCUCCCCUGCAUGGGUUACAUUUCCUGUAUUUUAUCAGCACACGCAAAUGUGAUAUCUCACUCGUGCUUAUUUGCUUGGGAGCAGAACGCAAUGGUGAUGAAGUCAUGUAUCAAGCAGCCACACGGGUAGACGCUCUUAAGCACACGUCCAGGAAUGUGUAGUUGAGGGAGCUUUUUCCAGCGGUCUCGAUUCAAACCUGCCUGUGUCUUUUAAAUUCUGCUUUCUCUGCUUUGGCACAGUCCUUUGCCAGAUGUGGCAAUGCUGAUAUUCUCAGAAAGAACGAGGGGGGGGGGGUCUAGAAAACUAGGAAUUACCCAGAAAUUCUUUGUGGAUUAUUCCCCGGGCCUCUCCACUGAGUUAUUACAUGGAAUAUUGGGUGUUUUCCAGCUUGUCUGUGUUUGUAUAGACUGAGCUAAAAUGACACUUUAACAACAACAGCCACCCUGUGACUUUGUUUUUGUCACACAAAGAUUUUUUUUAUUUUGCACCAGCUCUUCUUCUUUAUCUCCCAUUUCACACCCAAACUCUCCCUCACGUCAUGUAUAACAAGAUUGUCUUUACCAGCAUUUUCUUUGUCAUUGUUUGUUGCCUUAUUAUUAUUAAUGUUAUUACUCUGGAAUCUUUGUUUUGCUGCACUUGCUCUUCACACUGCUCUCUGAAUUCAAUUCGAUUCAAUAAAUCAGCUCUUUUAGAUUCAUUGUCACAUUUUACUGAAACAAAUAACUGAAGUACUUGAGGUAGUCGACACGGUCACAGUAUCUUAAAUGGCCAAGUAUUAGGAGCAAAGUCCCGACUGUUUAAGUGGAAAAAUAUACUCGUCCCUCCUGUAUAAUCAGCAAAGCCGCACUAAAGAGCCCAUUUCUUCUGCCUCCUAUAAAGCGACACCAAGCAGUGUGCCCCCCGAAACAUGACAAAAGAAAAAAAAAAACUGUCUCCUUUUUCAAGUACGAAUAUUUGUACCAUAGUGUUUCCCCGAUUGGACAGCUGUAUAUAUUGCUUCUUAACUACUGGUGAUGACCUCGCUACUGUACUUUGAAUUUAGAAAUUUAUUUGGUCGCUCUGCCAAUUUCUGUACAGUUGGUGUGCUAGUGGGUUGCCUGUAAUUCAUGCUUGGGGAAAAAUUCUGUAACAUAGUUUCUAUUAAUAAAUGUAUGUAAAGGACAGAUAACUAGACACCCUCCCCCAUCACCCCGUCUGCACACUACUGAACCUGCCGAUUGGUUGAGGGGUGAGGAAGCGGAUUGAGAUGAUGCGCAAACUAUUUAUGUCUGCCUUGAUUCUUAUAUCUGUAACGGAGCGGAGAGUGGGGCACUCUGUUUAUAUUCUGUUUUCUUUUUCCACCCCUUCAUCGCUGUCUUAACUCUUUUGGGGAGUGGGGGAUUGCUUUGUUAUCGUGGGAAGUGGGCCGGCCGGGUCUUCCUUUUAUUUUAUUUUUUUUCCCUGUGUCCCCCCCACCUGUUCUGCAGUUUGAGUGACCACUUCCUGCUUUUGUCUAAGUACAAAAAGAAACGUACAUAUGUAUAAAUUUUUAAGGAGCUGUGCUAACAUUUAAAUGCGUUCUCUUGCGUGUAUAUGAUUUUAAAAUGUUGACAUUUUGAUUUUAAUGAAAAAAAUACUCUAGA